CUCGGGAGUUAUGUACAACACCAUUAAAAUUCGAAUGUUGGGAAAUCCCAAAGUUCAUUCGAGAAUUUAGCUUUUGGCUACUGUGGUUGCAGAUCAUUAGAAUUUUGAUCAACCAUGACAUCAAAUAUGGAAGUUGAUGAUGAUUUUGAUUGGUCUAGCACGGAUAGUGAUGAUGAAUACGAGGAAGAAGUUGACAAGAAGACCUCAGUCUGUAAAAAACAGAUUGUAGCGUCCAUUGAUUUUGGUACAGCGUACUCUGGCUAUGCCUACUCCUUCAAAAAUGAUUGGACAAAAGUAAUCACUCAUCCAUGGCAUGGUGGAGAAUACAUGACCCAGAAGGCACCAACAACAUUGCUUCUAAAACCGAACGGUGAAUUUGCCGAGUUUGGAUUCAAGGCAGAGAAAAGAUAUGCUGAAUUGGCAGAAGAUGAGAAACAUGAAGAUCAUUACUUCUUCCGCAGGUUCAAAUUAAUUUUGAAACCAAAACUCACAGAGAGAGUGAAUAGGGAAACACUUUGUGCAGAUGAGAAUGGAAAGGAAUUCAAUGCUUUGAAGAUAUUUACUUAUUGCAUUGAAUUUUUGAAAAACAGUCUGUUGGACGAUAUAAACAAAACAAUCAAAGGUGAAGUUGCACUGGGUGACAUACAGUUUAUCAUCACUGUUCCAGCCAUAUGGGACGACACAGCCAAAAUGUUUAUGAUUGAAGCUUCUAAAUCGACUGGAAUACAGAAGGAUCAACUGAAAGUUGUCCUUGAAUCGGAGGCAGCUUCCGUCUAUUGUCAGUACAUGUAUCUAGAAGAGGACAAAGCAAAAACAAGAAGGGACUUUCAAGAUAAAUUGAUACCUGGCUUCAAGUACAUGGUGAUUGACCUUGGAGGUGGUACAGCCGAUAUCUCAGUUCACAAGAGGGACUAUGAUGGAAGUGUGGAGCAAGUCAUUCAGCCUAGUGGAAUAGACUGGGGUGGAACUAAAGUGGAUGAUGCAUACUGGAAGUUCUUCUGUGACCUUUUUGGAGAGGAUUCCAUGAAGAGAUUUAAAGAUGAAUGUACAGAGGAUUAUUUGGAUUUUGGUCGAAAGUUUGAAGUUCAAAAACGGUCUGGAAAAUUAACAACUUCAGACAACCUCUACAUUAGAAUUCCUUUGUCUCUCUCUGAAGUCCUUGAUUACAAAAUAGCUGAGGCCAUUUCUUCAUCCAAGUACAGAGAAAUUGUUUCCUUUGAUUCAAAAUCUUUCAAACUGAAACUGCCAUUUUCUCAGUUUGAAAAUUUGUUCAAAGAAACAAGUGAUCGAAUAAAAUCCUACCUUGAUGAAUUGUGGAAAAAACCUGAAUUGGCAGAUGUGGAUACUGUUCUUUUGGUUGGUGGUUUUUCAGAAUGUUACAUAAUUAAAGACAUGAUCAGAAAUGAAAUGAAAUCAAGGAAAAAACACCUUGUUUUACCAGAGGAGUCCAGUCUUGCAGUGUUGAAAGGUGCAGUAUAUAUGGGUCAUGUGCCAGAUGCUGUUACCACUCGUAUUUCCAAAUACACCUAUGGUAUCCAGAACUGGCCAACCUUUGACUCAACAAUUCAUCCAGAAGAAAAAAAGAUUAUGGUGGGAAAUGAAGCCAGAUGUCGAGAUGUUUUCAAGAAAUUUAUCACCAGAGGUGAUAAACUGAAGUCAAAGUACCCAAAAACCUUUAUUUUGGAGGUUUUAAAGCCAGUUGAGGAUACUCUUGAGUGCAGUGUUUACCUGUCCAAAAAAGAAGAUCCAAAGUUUAUCGAUGAGGAAGGAGUUUCCAAGGUUGGUGCUUUGAAGGUCAUAUUGCCCAAGGUAGAGAAAGGGACCGUUAUCGACAUUGAGGAGGAGAUAUCUAUUCUUGAAACAGAGGUUGAGAUUCUUGCUAGAGAGCUGCACAAGUUCAAAGAAUUCAAGGAAAAAUUUGACCUGCUGUCUCCAGAUAUACUAAAGAAAAAAUGAAUGAAGAGGAUAAAAAGAUCAAAGAUCAUCAAUAGUUCAAUCCACUCUUUCCAAAAGUUGUGUCACUUGGUUGGCAUCGCUAAGGAAUAAACAAUAUAUAUCUCACAGUAACCUUCAUAGUUUUGUAACUGUCACUUGACAUUAUAAAUCUUUUUCCACCUUGCCCCAGGAUGGAGCUACUCAUAAAUUGAAGGAAGGCUUAAAGCCAAACAGAAUUCAUCACAAGACAACCAAAUGUUUGAUAGUAUUAAGAAGAGGAGUGCUGCCAGUUUGGACCUUUUGGUUGACUCCUUAAAGGGAAACAACUCAAUGCACUGUACAAUAUUUGCAAAGUGUGGAUUGGUCUAUUUCAAAUGUAACAGAUUAAUUUUUAAAAGAAAGUUAUCAAUUAGAAAAGCAGAAUAGCACAAGAUUCUUUGUAGGUGAUAUGUGCAUGUAUAUAUGUAAUGACGCUUAUUGCUUGGCUUAUUAUUGGUUUAUUUUUUGUUGAUUCAGAAUUAAAAUUGUUUCAAUAUUUUAUUUUCCAAGGUAUAAAUCCAAGAGUGGAAAAAGAAAUAUAAGAUUUAUUGUAAUUGAUCAAUAAAUCUGAAAAUGGAAAUGCAUAAACUUUUACUGAGAGAAAAAACCAUGAACUUGUACAAAUGUGCAAUGUAAUCAAUUGAAUUAAUUCAGUUUAAAUUCAUAUUUGCAAUAAUGAACAUGAUGAAGCUAUGGAAUGUAAAUAGUGCUGUAUUCUGAUCAUACAAUAUUUUGACUUUUGAAAUCUUAAAAAUGCUUGCAUUUGCAUUGUUGUAAUUGUUUUUGAUGGAAUCAAAGCACAUGUUUGUUUUCUCUUAUAUGAAGGAGAUUGUUAUGUGUGUUAAACUUUUUGGAAUAAAUCCUUAAAUCUUUAUUCCAAGGGUAUUUUUAAAAAAAACCUGUUAUAAAGCAAGGAUGAAGAAAGUAAAAAAAAAAAUAUAUAUAUAUAUAUAUAUAUAUAUAUAUAUAUAUAUAUAUAUAUAUAUAUAUAUUUAUAUAUAUAAAACUAUAUAUAAACAAGGUAAUACAUGUACCAAAGUGAUGCCCUGUUUGUUGGGUUUUUUUUUUCAAUUUUGUUUAACAUCGGUUGUUUUUUUUUAACUUUGCAUGUUUUAAUUUUUCUUAAAAGACAGCACAUAAAAAGCAUUGUUUUGAUUGGUGACAGAAUGGGUUUUACAGUACAUUCAUUUGUUUAAUUUCACAUUUAAUGACAUUUAACAUUUUUUUCCUUUUUUUAUCCUUUCAUUUCAUUUUUUAUAGAACAAAACCAUUUCAAUAUGAGGUACCUCACUGCAUCAAGGCUUAUACUUUUUUUCCAAGACGAUGCUUCACAAAAUGGCAUUUUAAAUUUUGUAUCAGUUGUCUUCAGAGCCCAGUGGUUAAAGUAUCGGCCUUGUAAACCACAGAUCAGAGGUUGAAUCCACCUUGGGCUUUUGUUCAUAUUUUUGUUUACUGAAUCAUGUUUUUAAAAUCAUAAUUUUUUUUUUAUUGAAAAUGCAUAAUUUUUGCCUUUUAGACAUAUAACGAUCUAUCAUAUUCAAUCUAUUUUCCGAUGAUUUGAAAAAAUUAUUUUAAUUUAAGGUGACAAUGUGUAGUGAGCCACUUUAAUAAGAUUUGCCAAAUACCAGUAAGUUCGUUUGGUUUUGGUUUUUUUUUUGGUUUUUUUUUUUAAAUGAAUAUAUGUAGUGAAGUUUUUUUUAAUGAAUAUCUAUAGUAACUGUAUUUACCGGUAUACACAAUCGUAACACCUUGAAUUCAUAUUAUUAACCUUUAUUUACAUUGUAUACUGCAAGAAAAUAUCAAGUGUUUGUAUUUACAUGUACAUAUCUUCAAUAAAUAAACUCUACAUUUUCA